AUGGAACUGAAAAAUUGCCUACCGAUUGCUGCAGAUUUUGUGGUAAUUUGUCAAGGAUGUCAAAAACCUGCAUCGCAUCCCAUUAAGCUUCCCUCGCUUUUUUCAUCAGAUAAAAACGACGUAUCUAUUUUGGAAAAAACUAUAGACGUUCCAUCUUCCUCAAGAUCAGCGCCAAUUGAAAUUGACAGAAAGUCAAACAAAAGUUCAAGUUCGAAAAUGUUGAAUGUUUCUCAAUCGAAUCAAUUAAGCAAGGGAGUGACGCGGCGAACUUCCAAGGUCAAUAAAUUACAUUUAUUAGCAUCAAAAAAUAGUAAGCCAAUUUGUAAUUCACUUUCUUCUUUUCUUAAAUCUUUUCAAUAA